CAAUCGACGAUUUGAACGCGCAACAUAGUGAUAGCACGUAAAACGCCGAGACUCUCCCGCGGUCCCAGACGCCAGACCAAACAAACACCUGUAUACUCGCAACAGCUAAGCUAACCACUUCGGUCUUGGACUGCCUCUAGGCAUUCAAAUAGCCGAACCUGUGGAGGAAUAUACGCUCUAAUCGUGCCCCGUUUUUCAUUUUUACCUGCGACACCUACCUGAUCCUAAUGUCAUUUGCCUCGAGUUACACCACUCUCAUAUUCGAUAUAGGUGACGUUUUGUUCUCUUGGUCCCCCCAGACCAAAACCUCCAUAUCCCAAAACGUUUUACGUAAAAUUCUAUCGUCUCCCACAUGGAAUGACUACGAAAGGGGGAGAAUGUCCCAGGCUGAGUGUUAUGCUAGGGUUGGUGGCGAAUUCUCUGUAGACCCCACAGAGGUUGCUCGUGCAUUUCAAGAUGCUCGUGACUCUCUGCAGUCCAACGAAGAGCUCAUAUCGGUUAUUCGACACCUCAAAGCACGCUCGGACGGAACAUUACAUGUCUUCGCCAUGUCAAAUAUUUCGGCGCCUGACUAUGAAGUUCUUCGUACCAAGCCUGCCGAUUGGUCGUUGUUUGACGGCAUCUUCACCUCCGCCGAUGUGGGCGAGCGGAAACCUAACCUUGGUUUCUACAAGGCAGUAAUUUCGAGUACAGGGGCCGACCCCUCCCGCACCAUCUUCGUGGACGAUAAAAUGGAGAAUGUCCUCUCCGCCCGUUCGCUUGGAAUGCGUGGUAUCAUUUUCGACAAUACCCGUAAAGUCGUCCGUGCGCUUUAUAAUCUACUUGGAGAUCCUGUCGAAAGGGGCAGACAAUACUUGACUAUGAAUGCGAAGAAGCUCCUAUCCGUAACUGAUAACGGCAUUCUCUUACGGGAGAACUUCGCUCAGCUCCUGAUACUAGAAGCAACUGAUAACCGGAAUCUCGUCAACUUGACUGAUACACAUCGGACGUGGAAUUUCUUCCAGGAAAAACCAUUGCUUACUACCGAAGAGUUUCCCUUUGACCUGGAUACCACUUCCCUUGGGUUGACCGUAACGAACAGCCCUGAGGACGUAGCACACUCCGUCAUGGAUGACAUGCUUGACUAUAUUGACGACGAUGGGAUUAUUCAGACAUACUUUGAUCACCGCCGACCUCGCGUUGAUCCGGUCGUGUGCGUCAACGCGCUCACACUGUUCUAUUCUUAUAGACGUGGCCAUCAGCUCGAUCGCACCCUUCACUGGAUACGCGAGGUGCUCCUGCAUAGAGCUUAUCUCGACGGUACGCGAUAUUACGCAACACCGGAGUGCUUCCUUUAUUUCCUUGGCAGGCUGCUUGAAAUCAGCAGCGACGUCUACUUGGCGGUCUAUAUAAAACCACUACUGAUCGAACGUGUUCGGGAGCGCAUAGGGGCUGAUGGUGACGCUCUGGCGCUCUCCAUGCGCCUCCGGCUUUGCGCGUACCUUGGAUUGCGCAACGAUGUUGAUCUUCGUACUUUGCUUCCUCUGCAAUGUGAAGAUGGAGGCUGGGAAAUUGGGUGGAUCUAUAAAUACGGGUCCUCCGGUGUCAAAAUCGGAAACCGCGGUCUUACCACGUCCCUGGCCGUGAAAGCCAUUAUAGAGAUGCAGCAACGCUUCCCUAGUCCCCCUUCUACAGUACCCGCAAUUCCCCUCGUCAAGCAGGCUUAUACCACCGCAUAACCUCCUCCUGAGCGCUUUUUGCAGUCCAAGAGCGACUCUUCAACCAAUCCCAGCUCUAUAGCAACGAGCUUAUCGGCCAGUACUAGGC